AUUUACUACCACUGCCAGUGGCCACACACGUACUCGCACACGACAUGGGAUCACGCGCCAACAGCUGCGCGUGCACACACGAAUGCGUAACAGUACAAUUGUAACUUUGUAAGUCUAGUAGCUUGGUUUUAAUCCAACUACCGCCCGCCGUCCCACUCCCAAGCCCAACAGCCUUAGCUGUUCAAUUACUCUGUCCUUUUCCCAUUCAUCGUUUUCAUUUUCUCCAUUGGCCCCCCACCACUCUCUCUCUCUCUCUCACUCAAAUAAACUUCAAGCAAAAACAAAGGAUGGAUAAUACUCCAGCUUAGUUAGAUUUCAUUUACAUACUCUAGCUUGGUUCUCAAUUGACUUUGAUCUGAGGGGGAAAAACAAAAGAUGCCUGCUUGGUGGGGUAAAAAAUCUCGGCGGAGCAGAGAUUCGGAAAAUUCUCCCAAUAGCUCGUCGCUGAAGAAUGAGAAGAGAGAAAAAGAUAGUGACAAGAAAGUCAAGAGCUUUGACGAAGUCUUGCUACAGCAGCAAUCGAGAAAUUCGCCUAGAAACAGUACGGAAUUUUCGGGUGGUGGAAGAGAGUUAGGAGCCCGUAAUUUAUCUGGGUUUUCUGGGUUUGAUUCGGCCUCGUCUUUGGAUAGAGGGCUUCCCUUGCCCAGGCCUUUGGAGACACCUAAUGAUACUUUUCACGGGCCGGGUUGUGGAUCUGGGUCGGGCUCGGUCUCAAGUGUAAGCUCAUCUGGGUCUUCCGAUGAUCACGCCCAUGGUGCAGUUGAUCACUCUGCGUUUAGAGGAUAUGGGGGGAACAAAUUGAGCCCUUUAAUGAGAAGCCCAGGUCAAGGGUCGAGGAGUAGUACAACUGCCACAUCACCUCUUCAUGCACGAUUUAGUGGUAUUAGUUUGGAACCGCCAGCUGUAAAGCUUGAAGAUGGGAAGGCUGAGCUUCUUUACAGACUCCCCCUCCCACCAAGUCCUCAGGCAAGUCCAUCUGCUUUACCAACCGCAAAAAGUCCUGGGAAACAUGAAAGCUCAAAUGGUAACUCUUUGAAAUGGAGGAAAGGGAGGCUUCUAGGUAGAGGCACUUUCGGUCAUGUAUACCUUGGGUUCAACAGUGAGAAUGGGCAAAUGUGCGCAAUAAAAGAAGUUAAAGUUGUUUCAGAUGAUCAGUCAUCAAAAGAAAGUCUCAAGCAACUGAACCAGGAGAUAGCCUUGCUAAGUCAGCUUUCGCAUGCUAAUAUCGUUCAAUACUAUGGAAGUGAUCUGAGCGAAGAAAGAUUAUCAGUUUAUUUGGAAUAUGUUUCGGGAGGUUCCAUCUUCAAAUUAUUGCGAGAAUAUGGGCCCUUUGGGGAGCCUGUAAUACAAAAUUACACACGUCAGAUUCUAUCUGGUCUGGCCUACUUACACGGACGCAAUACAGUGCAUAGAGAUAUCAAAGGAGCAAAUAUUCUAGUUGAUCCCAAUGGUGAAGUAAAACUUGCUGACUUUGGCAUGGCAAAACAUAUAUCUUCAAGUUCUUCAAUGCUAUCCUUCAAAGGAAGCCCUUACUGGAUGGCACCUGAGGUUGUCAUGAAUACCAAUGGGUACAGUCUCCCAGUGGAUAUAUGGAGCUUAGGAUGCACAAUUCUUGAAAUGGCAUCCGGUAAACCACCUUGGAGCCAAUAUGAAGGGGUUGCUGCUAUAUUUAAAAUUGGGAACAGUAGAGAUACUCCAGAAAUUCCCGAUCACUUAUCUGCUGAUGCCAAAAGUUUUAUAAGGCUGUGUUUGCAGAGGGAACCGUGUUCGAGACCCCCGGCAGCCCAAUUACUCGGUCACCCUUUUGUCAGAAACCAAACUACAGCUCGAGCAACUAAUGUUAAUAUCACUAGAGACGCUUUUCCCCGUGCCUUUGAUGGAAGCCGCACCCCGACAAUACUGGAGAUGCAUUCCAGCAGAAUGUACAGUUCAUUUGAAAGAGAAGAUUCCUCAUUGUUAACAAUACCCAGGACCUUAUUGAGCCCAAGGGAUAACACAAGGGCAAUAACGUCAUUGCCAGUGUCCCCAUCAUCAAGCCCGUUAAGACAUCGAGGGCCAGCUUACAAGAGCUCUCUCCUUUCCCCACCACAUCCUUCCUACACUUCAGUUGGGCCAAGCAGCCACAAUUAUGGUGAUCGCUUGGUAUCACCACUGAGGCCCAACUCGAGAACCUCACUCGACCUGUGGCCCGAAAUCCCGCAAUUAAGACCUCAGGCGCCUUUUAGAUCCGAUCUCGCGAGGACCAUUUUAUAGUAGCUGUCAAAUCUUGAAACAGGUGGUGGAUGAGCCACGUGCACAGCAUAUGAAGCCUGACUAGAGUUUGGGUCUGAUUUACAAGAUAUAUGGGCUGGACAUUGAUAGGCAAUUCGUGCCGUCGGUAAUCUAUUGUGUGUGAUAUAAGCCUUGUAAGUAAGGAUGCGCACAACGGAUGGCUUUCUUUUUGUGUGCUAGUUGUUGAUCAAUAAUGUUAAAGCAGUAAAUAUAUAUGAUAUAAUAUAUGUUCUGUCGGUUUGUUGGCUUCUCUUCUUUGCUUCAGAAAUGAGAAAUGAGAAUAAAUCUGUACCAUUGAUUCUAACACAGUGGUCAUGAUUGUUACAAACCUAGGGUUUUGAGUUGAUGAUCUCAUUUGAUAUGCAAGGGCCUUGAUAUACUUAACAC